AUGUCCUUGAGUGGCAACACAACCCAGUCGUCUUUGUCAGCGUCACCUUUUCCUUCGAUCUUCAACAGCUCCACCCCUCCACAAUCCUCAGCUUGGGAGAAAGAGCGAGCCAGCCAUGAGUCUGUAAAGGACUGGCCAGGGAAUGAGACCCAGCUCCUCUCAGACUUCGCCAUUCUGGAGCAUGAUGAGCAGUGCCACAUGUCUCCUGUCCUGACAGCAUGCCUUGUAGCCUGGUACAGUGUUACAAUGGUGCUAGGGUUGGUGGGCAACAUUGGCCUCAUUUGCAUCAUUGCCCGCCGCAGAGAAAAGGUCAAUGUCACCAGCAUUUUCAUCUGCAACCUGUCGUUCUCUGACAUUCUGGUAUGUGUCUUCUGCCUCCCCUUCACUGUCAUAUACACAAUCAUGGACCACUGGGUGUUUGGCUCGCUGUUAUGUCGCUUGGUGCCGUUCAUCCAGUGUGUCUCUGUGAGUGUGUCAGUGCUGUCUCUUGUGUUUAUCGCCUUAGAAAGGCACCAGCUUAUCAUUAACCCCUCUGGAUGGAAACCAAGUGUUCCUCAGGCCUAUAUGGCGAUUGUUCUCAUUUGGAUACUGGCCUGCUUCACCUCUUUGCCUUUCUUGGCCUUUCAGCUGCUCACAAAUGAGCCCUAUACCAAUGUAAUCCUGCCUGUGCCCUCUUCACAUAUGGAAGCCUGUGUGGAGCACUGGCCAUCCCAGGGUCACAGGGUCGCUUACACCACGUGGCUCCUGCUGUUCCAGUACUGUGGGCCACUGUUUUUGGUCCUGCUCUGUUAUGUUAGAGUUAUUGUGCGGCUCCGUCACCGCAAAGAAAUGUUGGACCGCGCCCGGACCCCGGAGUGCCAGCGCAUGACCCACAGCCGCCGGAUCAACAUCAUGCUGGUUGCCCUCAUAACAGUCUUUGCUCUUUGCUGGCUUCCGCUCACCAUCUUCAACGUGGUGUCAGACUGGAACCAGGAGGCUCUGCCUGUCUGUCACCACAACCUGCUGUUCUCCCUCUGCCACCUGCUGGCCAUGUCCUCCACCUGCAUUAACCCCGUCAUCUACGGAUUCCUCAACUCCAACUUUAGGCAAGAGGUGAGCGAGGUGCUCCUACACUGCCGCUGUUUCCCACUAGAGGAAGAGUGUGAGCAAUAUCCCAUGUCCACUGUGCACAUUGAAGUGUCCCAUACCUCUGUGCCUCUAACCUGCAGGAGCAACUCUGUGUGA